AGUGUCACUCUUCUCACGUCAGCGGCUGUUUAUUUCCCCCAAAUUUUCUAAUUUCCAAUAUUUUCAUUUCCUAAAACAGUUUACGCCUCCAAUAAUGUCUGAUAACGACGACGACUACAUGUGCGAGGAGGAGGAAGAUUACGGUUUGGAAUACUCGGAGGACAGCAACUCGGAGCCGGACGUGGACUUGGAAAACCAGUACUACAACAGCAAGGCGCUGAAGGAGGAUGAACCGAAGGAGGCGCUGCUCAGCUUCCAGAAGGUGCUGGACCUGGAGGGUGGGGACAAGGGCGAGUGGGGCUUCAAGGCCCUCAAGCAGAUGAUUAAGAUUAAUUUUAAAUUGAGCAAUUUCACGGAGAUGAUGUCCCGCUACAAGCAGCUGCUGACGUACAUCAAGAGCGCGGUGACGCGCAACCACUCGGAGAAGUCCAUCAACUCCAUCCUCGACUACAUCUCCACCUCCAGAAAUAUGGAACUCCUACAAGACUUCUACGAGACCACCCUGGAGGCGCUAAAGGACGCCAAGAACGACCGGCUGUGGUUCAAGACCAACACCAAACUGGGCAAGCUGUACUACGACCGCGGGGACUUCAACAAGCUCGCCAAGAUCCUCAAGCAACUCCACCAGAGCUGCCAGACUGACGACGGCGAAGACGACUUGAAGAAAGGCACCCAACUGCUGGAAAUAUACGCGCUGGAGAUCCAAAUGUACACGGCGCAGAAGAACAACAAGAAGCUGAAGGCGCUGUACGAGCAGUCGCUGCACAUCAAGUCGGCCAUCCCCCACCCCCUCAUCAUGGGGGUCAUCAGAGAAUGUGGCGGCAAGAUGCACCUCCGCGAGGGCGAGUUCGAGAAGGCGCACACGGACUUCUUCGAGGCGUUCAAGAACUACGACGAGUCCGGCUCGCCGCGGCGCACCACCUGCCUCAAGUACCUGGUGCUCGCCAACAUGCUUAUGAAAUCCGGAAUCAACCCAUUCGAUUCCCAAGAAGCGAAGCCGUACAAGAACGACCCCGAGAUCCUCGCCAUGACCAACCUCGUGAUGGCCUACCAGAACAACGACAUCAACGACUUCGAGGCUAUCCUCAAACACAACCGGAACAACAUCAUGGACGACCCCUUCAUCAGGGAACACAUCGAGGACCUACUCCGGAACAUUAGGACCCAAGUGCUGAUCAAGCUAAUAGGACCUUAUACGAGGAUCCAUAUACCUUUUAUAUCGAAGGAGCUCAAUAUAGAUGAAAAGGAGGUGGAAAAUCUACUAGUCACUUGUAUUUUGGAUAACACGAUCAGCGGGCGCAUCGACCAGGUGAACCUGGUGCUGGAGCUGGCGGCCGGGCGGCGCGGCCUGGCGCGCUACGCCGCGCUCGACAAGUGGACGCUGCAGCUCGCCAACCUGCACCAGGCGCUCGUCAACAAGAUGGCCUAGCCGCACCACAUAACACACAUACCUCCUACUCUAUUCUACUACACGCCCGAUCACUACUACGUGUACAAUAAAUUCAAGUUCAGACACGUGUCGGUCAUGUUAGACGGACUUAUACUUAACAGAAAGACCCAGUAAAUAUAUCUAAUCGUACUCAAAAACGAUCUACCGGCUGCCGAAUUUGAUACAUAAUAAAACAUGCAAAAUAACUUCAAAAACGUUAAUCCGACUCACAUAUUACGCAUUCUACUACACUCCUCGGUCCUCGGAGUUCACCUUUCUAAUGAACCUCCACCAUUCUAAUCUAACCUAACUUAACCAUUAAUAUACUUAACAAAACAUAUAUCUUACAUAAAUUUCAUGCAUAGUGCAAAAUAAAAAUGGGAGAAAUUCGCGUGCAGGGUUAACGCCUUUAACAAGCGACGCGUGCAACUUGCGUCAUCUGCGUAAACGCUUGCACACGGUGCAUGUAACUUGCGCAUGUUGAAACCCGGGCUACAUGUGCAAAUAACACGCACCAGUUACUCGUACAUCGCGCAUGUACAUGCGCGGACUCCGUGGGCAAGUAACAGUAGUAGCUCGUGUACUUCUUGCUAGUAACGCAGAUCAUGCUGGUAUCUUGCGCGAGUGACUUGCACUGGCACAUGCUCAAGUCUUUCGUAGAGAGAGAGCGAGUGAGUCUUGUUGGGAAAGAGAAGAGUCAUGAAAUGUAUUGGGCCUCAUGCAUUCCACAACUCUUUCUGGGCACACUAACGGAUUUACUAAAAGGAACCAUAUGUUUGUGGAAUGAUACAAAAAGCUUAACCAGCCGAAGCAGACAUCAUUUACAUUAAUAUUAACAGGUUUAUGUCAUCUGAGGGCCAAUUAAACGAUGCUAUUCAAUUAACACUCGUAAAUAAAAUACAUGUUUUGUAUGAAGCACGUAACAAAAUGUCGUUUGUGAGUGUUAUGAUAUAAUUAUUGUUGUGACCAGUUGACGAUGAAAUGUAUUAAAUAUACUCUGGCAAACCCACUUUGUCAGUAGAAAAAGGCGCGAAAUUAAAAUUUUCUAUAGGAGAGGAUAACCCUUCGCGCCUACAAUUUUUAAAUUUGCCGCCUUUACUACUGACGUGACGGCUUGCCGAACUAAUUUAAGUGUUUCGCUAGAAGUCGUCGUCGGUUUUUAAUAAUUGUUAUAUACUUAAAUCCGCUAUUUUAGACACAUAAAUGAUGUUUCAUACAGAUUAGCUAGCUAAUAGGAAGCUAAUAUAAAAUAUGAAUAAUUUAUACUUUUUAAAUAUAUAUAUAUUUUUGAUUGAUGCCUCAUUGUAUCAUAUCAUGCAAGAAAGAUGAUUGAGAAAGAUUUCCUGUCUUGAAAGUGACAAUUACUUGUAUCGAUAAAAAAAUGCAAAACUACUCCUACAUGAAUCAUUAACACAUUCAACACCAAGAACCCGACUGUCGGGUACACUGUUCGUAGCGACUACGCGCUACAUACGACGAAACCGUGGCUACGCGCUACGAGCGUAACCCGUAGCACUUAGUGGUAUUGAAUGUGUUAAAAGUAUUUUUUUUAGAUAAUUUAAAUAUUAGUUUACUACAAGAAAUAAAUGUUUUGCAUAACGUAUUUGUUUAUGUAAAUUUGAAAGAAAGAAAGAAAAUACAUUUAUUUACGUCAACAGACAAGUUAAAUUACAAAUUUUAUUUCAUACAUAACAUACUAAGCGUUGUAAAGAAAAUAUUAGAUUGAAGAAGACAUGUGAUCUCCAUAUUGGCAGAUAUUGGUUUCAAUUUGCAAAUAUUCUAAUUGUAUUGUAUUCCGGCCCUAAUAUUGUUGAGCUGAAAUUUACUGAUAGGAUAGCAUUUGGAUGUUGUUUUAGUUUUUAUAAAGAUAGGCUUAGGGUCAGUUGCACCAUACUGUCUGCCACCGUCAAAGCGUUCGCUAAAGUUUCAUAGUUCAUUAGUUUCAUUACUGAGUGAUAUUGAUAAGUCCGCUAAAAUAGGUUGGUGCAACUGGUCCUUAUAAAUACUAAGAUAACAUCAUCUUCCUCUAGUUAUCCCGGAAUUUCGCCACGGCUCAUGGGAGCCUGGGGUCCGAUUGGCAACUAUUCCCAGGAAUUGGCGUGGACACUCAUUUUUACGAAACUGACUGCCAUCUGCCAAUGUACACAGAGGGUAAACUAGGCCUUAUUGGGAUUAGUCCGGUUUCCUCACAAUGUUUUCCUUCACCGAAAAGCGACUGGUAAAUAUCAAAUGAUAUAUUGGUAUAUACGUUUUGAAAAACUCAUUGAUACGAGCCGGGGUUUGAACCCGCGACCUCUGGAUUGCAAGUCGCACGUGCUUACCGCUAGGCCACAAGCGCUUCUAAUGCUGAGAUAACACACACACACACACACACACACACACACACACACAGAGAUGUGUUGAAAUAACAGGUUAUCCAAAAUAAAAUGUGUAAAUUUUAUUCAAGCUAAUGAAAAUAAAGUCUUAAAGUACACAGUCAUCCAUUAUCAUAAGUUUAAAUUGUUUCACAUCAUGGUGACAUUAACCAUACUUAAUUCAAAUAUUAUGUGUACAUAUUUUAAUAAGUAUAACGAUUUGAAUAUGGCACUUACACUAAAAGAAGUGUUCUUUACAUUAGGGUGGUAUUCCAUCUGUCCAAUAUCUUGGUCUAAUGUUAUUGCGUCUCACCCUCUCAUUAAGCAAAAUGUGAGACAAAAUACACAUUCGACAAAGAAAUUGGACAGGUGGGAUUACGAAGAUUGUACCCAAUGUACUGUUAAAACUAUGCUAGCAAUAAUAUUUCGUAGCAUUUUUAUAAAUUCAUAUUGGCGAGCGUUAUGUGUUUUAUUCGUCUUUAAUUAAAAAUCAUACUUAUUGUAAAAAUACUGUGAUAUCCAUAAUUAGAGAAACUGACAGCAGUUUGAAAGACUAUGAGAUUUAUGAAUUUAUAAAUCAUUUUUCUCGGAAAAUAUGUAAUGUUUAUCUAAUUACGAAUAUCACUGUAGGUGUAGACUGUAGCAUUUACCAAUGAUAUGACACUGCUACUUUUUGCAAAAUUUUCCUAUGAACAAAAAUAAAACUACUUAAGAAACCAA